UAUUUAGCGGUUCGGUCAACCAUAACCGUUUAAUUUAAAGGUUCGGUAAAUUAACCGUUUAAAUGAACCGGCUAUACCGGCUAACAGUUAAGGUAAACGGUUACGAGUUUUUUGCCCACCCUAGGUACUAUGGACCUAAUGGUGAGACCACUGUUAUUGUGAGAACCAGAGCAGGCAGGGCACCCGCCUAGGGCCCCAAAUUUUGAAGCCCAAAUAUGCUAAUGAAAAUCCAAAAUUAAAAAUAAAAAUUAAAAUUAAAUUAUAGUGCAGCGCAUAAGACAAGGAAUUACCACCUCAAUUAGAAUAAUGGAGUCUUCUACUAAGUACAAGAGUUUCAUUAUAAUAAAGUACAUAAAGUUUUCUUAAGUCUUAAAGUUUCCUUAAGAAUAAACUACAAAGAGUAUCAAUUGUUUGUAAUAGAAUUCUACUAUCCUUCAAAAAAAAAAAAAAAAAAAAAAAAAAAAAAAAAAAAAAGAAUUCAACUAAAAUGGCAAAGUAAACAUCUUGACCAACAGACCAAGUCCACCUUUGACCAAAAGUAAACGCUUAAUUAGUAUCAAAUUAUUUUAGCUUUCAUUCUCAAGUCCACUAAUGACAUAAGUAGAAAAACACACCCAAAACAUUCACAAAAAAAUGUACAGAAGAGAAGAGUGAAAGAACUGAAUAACUACUAUUUAAGCUAUGAAGUUAGGCUUCUUACCUUUAUUACCUCAAAGCAACUCUGAUCUUCUCUUCAUAUUGCUGUUACUAUAUUCCUUAACCUUCUCUAAUCAGCAAGCUUGUAAUCCACAAGAUCAACAAUCCCUUUUCGCCUUUUGUAAUUCCCUAUCCUCUUCAUUGGGUCCUCUGAAUUGGAGUUCAGACACCAAUUGUUGCUCCUCUUGGGAGGGGAUUGGUUGUGAUGAAGAGGGCAGGGUAACUUUGUUGUGGCUACCCUUGAGAGGAUUAGAAGGAAGCAUCUCCGCUUCGCUUGGAAGCCUUACAAGCCUUUCUAAGCUCAAUCUAUCCUAUAAUCAUCUUAUUGGGUAUCUCCCAGAAAGACUUUUCAGCUCAUUGAAUAGCCUUGAGAUCUUUGAUAUACAGUCAAAUUCUCUGUAUGGUAAUCUCUCGGCAUCUUUUUUCUCAGAUGGUAGUUUUUCUUCCACCAUUCAAGUUAUAGAUAUUUCAAGCAAUAUUUUUCAUGGAGGAAUUGAACCAUAUUGGUUCUUCCACGGUUCAAAUUUGUCGAGUUUCAAUGCCAGUAACAACGGCUUUACAGGCAACAUUCCAUUAGCUAUUUGUAUCACUUGUCCUCUGCUUAGGACACUUGAUUUCUCUGACAACAGUUUUAGCGGUGAGCUUCCUGUUGGACUAGGGGGAUGCUUGAAUCUCAGAGUACUCCGAGCAGGUUUCAAUCUUCUCUCUGGAUUACUUCCUGAUGACAUUUACAGACUAAGGUCACUUGUCGAGUUAUCACUGCCUGUAAAUAACAUUGGUGGAACCAUUGGAAGUGGAAUUUUAGAACUUGCAAACCUCAAGAUCAUCAAGCUGUACUCAAACAACUUUGCUGGUACGAUCCCUCAAGAAAUCGGGAAGCUAUUUAAACUGGAGCAAUUGUAUCUUCAAAUCAACAAUCUCAAUGGUUCUAUACCAGCAUCAUUGAUGAACUGCACAAAUCUUGUAAAACUCAUUCUUAGAGUGAAUUCCCUGGAAGGUAACAUCUCUAAGCUUGAUUUUUCGAGGCUUAACCAUCUCCAAACACUAGACCUCGGUAACAAUAAGUUCAUAGGAAAUUUACCAGAGACCUUAUUUUCAUGCAAAUCAGUAACUGCAGUUCGAGUAGCCUCCAACAACUUAGCAGGAUCAAUUCCUCCCAAUAUAGUGGCAUUAACAUCUUUAACUUUCUUAUCUCUUUCUAAUAAUAGCUUCACCAAUGUGUCGAAUGCAAUCAAGAUUUUUGCAGGUUGCAAGAGCCUCGUCACUCUCAUCCUGUCAAAAAACUUCUAUAACGAAGUUAUACCAGGCAUAAAGACUUUCAUAGGACAAGAAGGAUUUAAAAACCUACAAGUUCUUGCCUUGGGAGGAUGUAACUUUGAGGGGCAAGUUCCAGAGUGGCUGGUCUAUAUCAACAAUCUUGUGGCUUUGGACUUGUCGUACAAUCGAAUUACAGGCAAAAUUCCAGAUUCAAUAGGCAACCUGUCAAGCCUCUUCUACUUGGACUUUUCAAGGAAUCUUCUCAGAGGGGAUUUUCCACUGCAACUCUCAAGGCUUCCAGCAUUAAUUUCAGAGAGGGUUGCUCAAAAACUAAGCCUAAGUUUUCUUCAGCUCCCAGUGUUUGUUUCCCCCAACAAUGUUACUACUCGCCAAUACAAUCAGCUCGAGCACCUGCCUCCAGCAAUAUACCUCAGCGGUAAUCACCUAAGUGGCAGAAUUCCGGUUGAAAUAACUCAACUACAGAAUCUUCAUAUCCUUGAUCUCAGUGAAAACAGCUUCUCAGGCAGCAUCCCACCAAAUUUUUCGAAUCUCACAAAUCUAGAAAUGCUUGAUCUUUCUCAGAAUAAUUUGACCAACGGAAUUCCAACAUCACUACGUAACCUAAAUUUCUUAUCAAGAUUUAAUGUUUCACACAACCAGCUUGAGGGACCAAUACCUGAAGGAGGUCAGUUUGAAACUUUCACCGAAAGUAGCUAUAUCGGUAAUCCAGGGCUAUGUGGUCGAGUUCUGCAGAGUCCUUGUUCAGCUCAGCCUGUUCAAGACGCACAACAUCAGGAUACAGCUGAUAAAAGCAAGAAGACAUUUCUUGUUGAAGGAUUUCUAACUGGUUUCUCCAUAAUAUUUCCUUCCGUUCUUGCAAUUCAAGCAUACCGUCAUCGGAGGAUCCUUUAUUACAGCAAGAAGCGAUGAAUACCCCUAUUCAGGCAGAAAUCACUGGAAAGUUAUCUAAGAUCUCUAUCACAAUAAUAAGUACGCGGCAAAUGCCAGCAACACUGCAACGCCUUUUUGUUAUAAAUGAAGGAAAAAAAACUUCAUAGAUUUGAAUUUUUAAUAUUUAUCAGUACUUUUGCUUGUUGUACAGUUUACAACAGCCCCUUAACUUUCAUUUCACAAACGAGCUUAUUUCACAUGAAUCAGACUCUCCUUGGUUACAUAAGGCUCUGCAAUUUUUUCCAAUAUCCCAUAAAACAACAAUUAUAAAUUGAUUA